AGUCCCUACAUUAAAUAGGCCUACAUCUAAUUAUAUAUUCAUGAAUUAUCCAUCUUAUUUUUCACCCCCAAACCAUCUUUGUGCAAAUGAGGUUGGAACGGGAGCCAGUUCUCUCCUCAAAACAAUGGGACCUGUGUUUCACAGGGAGGGUUCUGCGAUGAUCUCAUUGAGUUGAGGCCAGGUUUCAUGUAUCAGGCUAUAGGUAGGCUUUCAUGUGCCCUACUGUACGAUCGAUCCUACCUUAGCUUUGAUACGUUUUCUUAAAUAAAAGCCAUUUUAGAUGGCUAACCUGUUGUGCAGAGAUAAAUGCAUUUCUGUGUUAAUCUCAUUUUUGAACAAACGAAAUAUCAGAAAACCUACGAACCUGCGUUAGCUUUGAUAUUUUUUCGUAAAUAAAAAGCCAUUUCAGAUUGUUGAUCCGUUGUAGAGGGGGAAAAAAAGACAAGAAAAAGCAAACUCAGUUUUCACUAAAAAAUAAAAAUAUCAGAAAAGGGUCAAUCGAAGGGAUAUUUCAGAUGUGCUCUGAAGAGGCAGAGAAACACGUGACCGUUCGGAGCAGUUUGUGUGUGUCGCUCUGUCUAAUAAAAAGUACUUAGCAGGUUUGUGCAGUGAGCGUGCUCAGACAUGCCCGACUCCAAAAAAAAAACAAAAAAAAAAAACUUGCAGAUAUAAAUACCCGGGCGCAUGUAAACAGGCAAACAGAGCGGAGGCAGUGUGUUAUCAGUCCUCUGUGCCCCGAAAACCAAAAAACAGACUUUACACUCCUUCAUCGAUCUGUUGCCUUCUUCCCCAUGCACCUGUUCUACACGAUCUCUGAAGCAUCCUGAUUGGUCAUCCGCUGUCCCGCUCUACCAUCGGUACUGUGACGCGUGAACCCCUGCUCUCCCUGCUCAUUCCCGAAAACGCUUCACUGCCUUUGCGAAGGGCACAUUUUGCACGGCGAACGCUUUGCCCCGCCCCUUCCUGUGGAUUAUGGACUUGCGAUAAGCUGGGACACUUUGACACGGGGUCCGUCCUGGGAAGCUGCAAGCAGAGAAAUCCUUUGAGAGGUCCUCUGGAGAGGGUCCGGCAGGUGAGUUGCGGUGGUGCGAUGGAGAGGGGUCCCGAAAUCCCACCCUGCACGGGGAUUGCGCGCAGGGCGUGAGCGACCCCUCCGCCUCCAGGCCGCCGCAGACGAAGAGGACGACGACAGAGCGAAGCCCGCUGGAGUAGCGGGAGGUGCUGGAGGAAUCCUGGGAAAUUAUGCAGUCAGAUGACCUGUUUAAUAAGAAGCUUAGAGCCUUAAACGGGAACAUGGGACCGCCUACCUCCAACGUGCAGGGCACGCCAGCCAUGCCCAAAAUGGGCGUACGGGCUAGGGUGUCCGAGUGGCCCCCGCGAAAGGAUGCCUGGGAGGGCCGUCCGCCCCCAAACUAUGAGAGCUUGAUGAUUGGCUACCAUAACGGCCAAUCGGACGAGAGCAUGGAAGUUAAUGAGCAAGGCGGUAGGGUAUGCCCGGAUUCAGAGCUGCCCGACGCGAAAUACUUACUGGGCGACCUCCUGGACCACGCCUCCCCGCUCAAGAUGGGGUUGCACCCGAUACGCCAGCGCAGCAACAGCGACGUGACCAUCAGCGACAUCGACGCCGAGGACCUGCUGGACCAGAACGCCGUCAACCCCAACACGGGCGCGUCGCUCCACCGGGAGUACGGCAGUACCUCGUCCAUCGACCGGCAGGGCCUGGGGGUCGGGGACGUGGGCUUCUUUACCCUGCUGAAGGGGUAUCGGGUGGACCCGCUGGACCACCGGGCCGUGCCCCCGCUGGGGUUCCCCGAGCUGCUGCGCUACGACACCGCCUUCUCCCCCAGCCUGCACACGGCCGCGCAGAUCGCCCGCGGCGAGAUCGUGCACAUCGCCGGUCUGGACUACGCCGACGGCGCGCUGCUGUACGGCCGCGGCGGGAUGGGCGGGCCGGGGGUUGCCGGGGAGAAGUCCUUCAUGCGCCGCUUCCGCUCGUCGGAGGGCUCGGAGACCUCGCUCUUCCGGAAGCUGCGGACCAUCAAGAGCGAGAGCGACGGGCUCCUCCGCCUCUCCUCGCUGGGCGGCGAGCAGGACGACCGGCGAACGCCGAACUUCCAGAAGUGCUUCGCGCACUACGACGUGCAGAGCGUCCUCUUCAACAUCGGCGAGGCCGUGGCCAACCGCGCCAACCUGGGCCGCCGCAAGAACACCACCACCGGGGCGUCCGCCGCCUCGCAGUACCAGAUCGCCGGCGGCGGGGGCGGUCCCGGGGGCGGGGGCGGGGGCGGGAUCGGGGGCGCGGUGCCCGCGUGCGAAUCGCCCCUGGGCAGCCGGGAGGACCUGAACUCCAAGGAGAACCCGGACGCGGACGAGGGCGACGGCAAGAGCAACGGCCUGGUCCUCAGCUGCCCGUACUUCCGCAACGAGAUCGGCGGCGAGGGCGAGAGGCGCAUCUCGCUCUCCCGGGCCAACGCCGCCCCCUACAGCGCGGGGGAGAACUGCUCCUUCGAGUCCUCCCUCAGCUCCCACUGCACCAACGCGGGCGUGUCCGUGCUGGAGGUCCCGCGCGAGAACCAGCCCAUACACCGGGAGAAGGUCAAGCGCUACAUCAUCGAGCACAUCGACCUGGGGGCCUACUACUACCACAAGUACUUCUACAACAGAGAGCACCAGAACUACUUUGGCGUGGACGAGAACCUGGGUCCGGUGGCGGUGAGCAUCCGGAGAGAGAAGCUAGACGAUGGGAAGGAUAAGGAGGGGGCACAGUACAACUACCGCGUCACCUUCAGGACCAGCGAGCUCACCACCCUGCGGGGGGCGAUCCUGGAGGACGCGGUGCCCUCCACGGCGAAGCACGGCACGGCCAGGGGCCUCCCGCUGAAGGAGGUGCUGGAGUACGUGGUGCCCGAGCUCAACAUCCCGUGCCUGAGGCUGGCCAUCAGCUCGCCCAAGGUCCCCGAGCAGCUGCUGAAGCUGGACGAGCAGGGGCUGAGUUUUCAGCACAAGGUGGGGAUCCUGUACUGCAAGGCAGGGCAGAGCACGGAGGAGGAGAUGUACAACAACGAGAGCGCCGGCCCCGCCUUCGAGGAGUUCCUGGACCUGCUGGGACAGAGAGUCCGGCUCAAAGGGUUCAGCAAGUACAGAGCGCAGCUGGACAACAAGACGGACUCCACUGGAACACACUCCCUCUACACCACCUAUAAGGACUAUGAGCUGAUGUUCCAUGUGUCCACACUGCUCCCCUACACCCCAAACAACCGGCAACAGCUACUGAGGAAGAGGCACAUCGGGAACGACAUCGUCACCGUCGUUUUCCAGGAGCCCGGGGCCCUCCCCUUCACCCCGAAAAACAUCCGCUCCCACUUCCAGCACGUGUUCGUCAUCGUCAAAGUCCACAACCCCUGCACCGAGAACGUCUGCUACAGCGUGGCAGUGUCCCGGUCGAAGGACGUCCCUCCGUUCGGGCCCCCCAUCCCCAAGGGGGUGACGUUCCCCAAGUCGGCGGUGUUCCGGGACUUCCUGCUGGCCAAGGUGAUCAACGGCGAGAACGCGGCGCACAAGUCGGAGAAGUUCCGCGCCAUGGCGACGCGCACGCGCCAGGAGUACCUCAAGGACCUGGCGGAGAACUUCGUCGGCACGGCGACCGUGGACUCGGCCGUCAAGUUCAGCUUCAUCACGCUGGGCGCCAAGCGCAAGGAGCGGGCCAAGCCGCGGCGCGGGGCGCACCUGCAGAGCGCCGGCGCCGUCACCUGGGGCGUGGUCGCCCGCGACUUCGGCCAGUCGGCCGACGUGCAGAGCCUGCUGGCCGUCUCCAACGAGUUCAUCGUGCUGAUCGAGGAGGAGUCCAAGAACGUCGUCUUCAACUGCUCCUGCCGCGACGUCAUCGGCUGGACCUCGGGCCUGGUCAGCAUCAAGGUGUUCUACGAGCGCGGCGAGUGCGUGGUCCUCUCCGCCCAGGACAGCUGCGGGGAGGACAUCCGCGAGAUCGUCCAGCGGCUGGAGAUGGUGAGCAGGGGCUGCGAGACCUCGGAAAUGACCCUGCGGAGAAACGGCCUGGGGCAGCUGGGCUUCCACGUCAACUUCGAGGGCAUCGUGGCGGACGUGGAGCCGUACGGCUUCGCCUGGAAGGCGGGGCUUCGGCAGGGCAGCCGGCUGGUGGAGAUCUGCAAGGUCGCCGUGGCGACGCUGACGCACGAGCAGAUGAUCGACCUGCUCCGCACCUCGGUGACCGUCAAGGUGGUCAUCAUCCAGCCGCACGAGGACGGCACGCCCCGGAGGGGCUGCUCGGAGCUGUACCGCAUCCCCAUGGUGGAGUACAAGCUGGACAGCGAGGGCACGCCCUGCGAGUACAAGACGCCCUUCAGGAGGAACACCACCUGGCACCGCGUGCCCCCCCCGGGCCAGCCGCUGGCCCGCGGCUCCCCCACCCAGGGCCCCGACCGCCCGCCCUGCCAGCAGCUCCUGCAGCAGGGACAGGGCCCGCCCAUCCCCCGAAGCACCUCCUUCGACAGGAAGCUGCAGGACGGGCCCAGGGUGUUGCAGGACCUGGACAGCCCACAGAUGGCGCCGUGCGGCAAAGGGGACCCCAGCCAGCACUACCGGAGCUCGCCCAGCAACCAAUCAUCUUCCAGCGACCCGGGGCCUUGCGGCAGCAGCGCCUGGGCCCAGCAGGCUGCGUACGACAGCUGCCAAUCACCCGUGCUCCACGACCGGUCGGGCGACAGCCUGGGGGCCCAUGUGGACGGGGAGGGGCUGAGAGAGAGGGAGCCCACGCUGGAGAGGACCAGAUCAGCCGAGGCCAAGUGGCACAUCCCCUCUACCAAAAUCCUCAAUGCCCUGAAGGAGAGAGGCCUGCAGAAGGAGGGGGGGAAGGACUCCCCUAACAAGCUGCCCCGGACUGGAGAUAAGAGCUGCCCCAGCCACUGUUCCAGCCACUCCAGCAGUAACACCCUGUCCAGCAACGCCUCCAGCAACAGCGACGACAAGCACUUCGGCUCGGGCGACCUGAUGGACCCGGAGCUUCUCGGGCUCACCUACAUCAAGGGGGCGUCGACGGACAGCGGCAUCGACACGGCCCCCUGCAUGCCCCCGCCCCCCCUGACGGGCGUGGCCGGCGCCCGGGUGGUGCUGCAGGGCCAGGGGGGGCAGGUGCUGGGCUGGGUGGGGGAGCACCCGGACGACGGGGUCCCGGAGGAAGAGCAGGCCAAGCUCUACCUGACCCAGGGGUACAUCUCCAUGGCCGAGGACAGCAUGGGGGACCUGAGUGAGAUCUCCUCCCACUCCAGCGGGUCCCACCACUCGGGCAGUCCCUCCGCCCGCAGCUCCAAGCUGAGCGCCUCGCUGGACUCCUCCAAAGUGUACAUCGUAACCCAGGCCGGAGCCACGCCCAGCGCCAGCCCGGACUCGCGCACCUGCGGCCGUCAGGUGACCGGGAACAAGUACCUGAUUGGCUGGAAGAAGUCCGAGGACAGCCCCCCUCCGGACGAGUCUGGCAGACUGUCGGAGUGCCGUGGAGCGGAAGGGUUGUUAUCGUUUCUCCUAAAGACGCUGGCUCAGCGAUCCAGGCACCUCUACAGCCUGGACGGCGCCGUUUCCGUGCCGACGGCGGGCCACGACCGGUCGAAGAUCCCGCAUACCCUCUCCAAGGAGGAGUUCCUCAAGAUGAUGCUGCCCGACAGCCCCCCCGGAGAGGAGGGGCGGAGAAAGCAGGCCCUGCCGGUGGGCGGCCUCUCCCCGCGGCGCUCGCUGUACCGCACGCUGUCGGACGAGAGCGUGUGCAGCAACCGCAAGGCCUCGCCCUACGGGAGCUCCCGGAGCUCCGUCCUGGAGCAGGCCCUGCCCAACGACAUCCUCUUCAGCUCCACCCCGCCCUUCCACAGCACCCUGCCCCCCCGAAUGUCCCUCAGCCAGGGAGGCUCCAACCUGAGGAGCGAGUUCUGGUACUCCGACGGCUCCCUGGCGGACAGGUCCAAGUUCGGCGACGCGGGCCUGUUGCCCUUGCCCGACUCCGGCUCCGGCCUGGACUGGUCUCACCUGGUGGACGCCGCGCGAGCCUUCGAAGGUCUGGAUCUGGACGAGGAGUCCGGGCCUCUAGACCAGAGAGUGGCGUCAUUCUGCGGCAUGGUGGACGUUGGCCAGGCCCAGGCGCUGUCUCAGGAGCUGAAGCAGCGGGUGGCGGCCGCCGAGGAGGCAGCCAUGGAAGCUGGGGAGGAGGGCUCUCCUGGGUCCCUCACUGGGAAAGUGAACCAGCUGGAGCUGAUCCUGAGACAGCUGCAGUACGACCUGCGGAAGGAGAAGGAGGACAAGGUCAUGCUGCAGGAGCAGGUGCAGCACCUGCGGCAGGACAACAUGCGUCUGCACGAGGAGAGCCAGACGGCCGCCGCCCAGCUGAGGAAGUUCACGGAGUGGUUCUUCCACUCGAUCGACAAGAAGCCCUGAGCGGCGAGCGACGCCGACUCACUGGGGGGAGAGAGAGAGAGACGUCUUCACUGACAGAACGCAACGCAACACGCUGGCUUUCUUCAACCACACUCACCCACGCUUAACGUAACACCCGAGUCAUCGUCUCUGCUUCUGUAGUCGUCGCAUUCGGCCAAUCGGACGGUCAGAGGGGGCGGGGAUUGAGCCCCCGGCGUGGGCGGGGUCAGGAUAGGAGGAAUGUAUGGACUUUUUUUUUGGGUUGGACGUCCUUCACUCUCUCACCGAGAGGUAUCUCACAUACGCAAAAAGACAAGAAAGUUUAGAAGAUUAAACGCAUAAAAUGAAUGUAGCUCAUUUAAGACCUCUUGCUGGCACAGAUGUGUUGUCCUCAAGGAUGUUUCGAACAACGGGAUGGCUCACUUCCUUUCACAUAAGGUUACCAGCCAAUCAAAUCCAGGGUUGUUGGCUUCUUUCUUCUUCUAGUUCUUCUUUGUUGUUCGAUAGGUAAUCCAGGCAGUAAUUUUGAUGUUUAAAAGGUGCUCUCUAUCUCUCUCUCCCUGUCUCUCUCUCAAGUCUAGAUUUUUGUUUCUUUUUUUUUUGUAAGUAGUUCAUAAGUAUUCCGCUGUCCCAGUGUUCUAGCAAUAAAAAGAAUAAAUUAGUCACAAAACUGUGUAUUAAGGGUUAGCACUAAUGUGAUGAUGUCGUCAAAAUGGGGUUGUAAUUUGACAUGUAUUUAUUUUUUGCAGGAGCAGGUUGUGCCUGACACAUUAACAGUGUAUGGAUUGUUCUUUUUUUUUUGGUUUUUCUUCUAUUUUUUAACUUUCUUUUUAAACACUUGCCUUGUCUGUGGCUCACUCCGUUUAUCACAAACCAGGUCAUUACGUGUGUAUAGUGUACUGUAGCAAAAAAAAAAAAAAACAGUUCUUAUGCAGUUGCUCUAGAACGUGUGAGCCAGAAAAACAUUUACGAUGCCAAAAUUCUUCUCUGCACAGAAGCUCAGAGGAAGUGUCUUGUAUUUAACACUAUUAUUUAAAGCUUAUUUAACCUGAAAUUGUUUAUUUUAUUAAGAGUAUUUGUUUUUGGGUUUUUUUUUCUUUUUCUUUUUCUUUUUUUUUCUGCACUAAAAAGAGGAAGAGCUCUGUGUAGGCUGUUAUGUGUGUAGCUUGCCAGGGCAAUAUAAAUAUAUAUAUAAAUAUAUAAAUGAUAAUUUCUGGAAACUCCAACAUUUGGAUGCUGCUAGAUUUCAGUUCAUUGGUUUGUAUGCUUUUACAAAUGUUUUUUUUUUUUUUCUUUGUUAAACUGUUUCAUUUAAGAUGGGACGUACGUUUGCUUUUUUAAAAUAAAUGUAGGAUGUAAAAACGGA